AUCAGUGUGCUGCAACGUCGGACGCCAAAUUCAAAGAAUUUAACGACGUUCUUUUGCUGACAGUGGACGACACGGAGUUUAACGAAGCUCAAAAAAUAUUAAACAAUGUCGAAAUACCCAGCAAGAAAGACGAAAGUGACAAAAACUGUUUAUUUGGAAAAAUAGGCAGAAAUAAAGUGACGCUCUUGAAAGUUCCAUACUUAAGCAAGACCUGCACUUCGUCAGGCCAUGAUGUUCUGGUUUAUGAAACAAUCCAAGAACUUAAACCGAAAGCUAUUGUUAGUAUGGGAGUUUGCGAUGGUGUAAGGAAAGAAGCACAUUUACUUGGUGAUGUCGCGGUGUCAUCACAAGUCUACUUUCUUGAGCAACAGGACGACGGUUUGUCAAAAUUUAAUCGUACAGCGUAUGAUUGCAAUUUGGGAUUGGUACGUUUGUUCGACCAUGGAAAAUUUGCGUGGGUUGGUCCUUGUGAAAAUGUGGUAGUUCCAAAAGUCUAUGUUGGUCAGUUUACGACAGGUUUACAAGAUGGUGACGACAAAAAGAAGGAUUCGCACAAAGCAGGAACCAUUGGAAUAGACACGGCGUCAAAAAGUAGGUACACUAAUGCGAGCGAUCGGACACCUUAG